AUGAGUUCUGAUCAAGGCAAAGGAGGUAGCGUCCUGCACGGUAUAUCAAUAAAUAAUAAAGGAAAACCAAUAUGGACCGAAUCUUAUCAAUUAUUACAGACAUUUGUUGAAGAAGUACUGAACUUAUCAAAUGGCAUAUGGUCUUGCCCUGGUGGGGACGCGAAACAGUAUAAAGCUGAAGAUAUCGAUAUAAGAUGGGACCCGGAAACCCAAUCAAUCAUGUUAAAUGGAAAGGCUAAGGACGAGAUCAAAGAAAAGUUGCCCUCUGUAGCUGCUAUACAAGUACAGUUGGCGAGCACUGUAAAUGAAGAUUUCGACCAGAAUGGCCAUGUUGAUGAGACCAUAACCCACUCUUCCCAAAAAGACAAUAGUACUCUUUCCAUAGAGACUCUCUACAGUCAAUUAGAAGCAUAUCCAAAGACGUCAAUGCAAAUGCGACAGCCAUUAAAUUGUUUACUGUUUAUUGUUUACCAUUAA